GAAGAAGGAAGGGAGGAGAAAAGGAAAGAAAGAAAACAGGAAGGAAGAAAGGAUGGAAGGGGGAAGAAAGGAAGACUGGGAAGAAGGGAUGGAAGGAAAGAGGAAGGAAGGAAGGAUGCUAAAAGCAAACAUAAUAUCCCUUAAGACAGGACUCUGCAUAGAUUUGGGGGGGGGGCAGCUUUCAACUCCCACCCCAACGGAACAAAAUCCCUCCAUCCCAGUGUGUCUCCUUCUUUAUGGCAACUUCCAAAACGGCAGGAUCAUCCAAAACCACAAAGAGCUGGUUGCCUCCCACCAUCUCAGCUUUCACGCCCUUAUAUGGAACGAGGAGAGAUUUAUGCAAAAGCCAAGCUGCCUAAUUUAGGUUAUCUCUGCAAAAGGGGGGGGGGGAGGAAAAAAAAAAAGGAAGUAAAGAAAGAAACGAAUACAGAGAAGAAAAAGAACCAGCCCAAAUGGGAGACAGAAUGCUGUCACUUUUCGUGGUUGCUAAGCAACCGCAGAGCUGAAAAAGAACCUUUCUCUCUUUUUCUCUCUCUCUCUCUCUCUUUUUUUUUUUGAAGCGUCUAUUUUUGGCCUUCGCCAAAGACGAAUGUUAUUUAAGGCCUGGCUUGUUUAUUUACUGGGAAGUUUAAAAAGAAAACCAGAAUAGAUUCACCUCUUCUGAUGGGUUUUUUUUUUUUUUUUUGGACGAGAAGGGAAAAUUCCUGGACAGAAAUCCUAAAUAAAGAUAUGCUCGUUUUUACUAAAUAGGAGAGAAAAGGACAAAACAGUGAGAAUCUGUUCAGAAGAGUUUUUUUUUUAAAAAAAAAAAAAACCAAUAAUUUUGAAAAAAGGCAAAACCCUCCCCCCCCCACAAACAGAUUCACCUCCCCAAAAAACGCUGCUGUUAGCCUUAUUAGCAAAUAUUUCUAUUUUUUUAGAGACUGCGUCAAGAACAACUUCUUUAAACCACCAAGGCCGAGCUUACAAUCGGGAGAAAAUAAACAAUCACACAGGCCCCCUAUAGAUUUAUAUAUAUUUAUGAAAGAACGGCAGGGGACACCCACGCAUUUAAGAGACAUCUUUUGGGAGUUUGGUUUAGGCCUAUAACCCUGCAGUUUGGACACCCCCCUUUUCCUCCAGUGUUUUGGUUUUUGGGCGGCGGGGUGUGAAGAAAUCUGAAAGAACUCAAGACCCGUUUUGACCGACAUUGAGGGGCAAAGGUUGCGAAGGAAGGACAGGAAAAGAGGAAAGAAUUGAACACGAAGCAAAGAGAUUGAUUGGCUACGUCGCUUUGGGCAAGAGAAUGUAAAGAGACAAGAAAAGAAGAGGAUUUGAGAAAGAACAAUGCUGCUUUGUCAAGAAGGAAAAGAGAAAGAAAUUGAUUUCAGCACCAGCAUUGAAUUUCUGGGACUGAGAGAGAAAAAAAAAAGUCAGGCACACGGCGAUGCGAUUCCAACAUUCGAGACUGUUUCAUCUCCUAAUUCGGUGCAGUGUUUGCUUGGUUUCCUCCUCCAGCCUCCCCCCCCUCCUCACCACGUCAUUCAGAAGCCAGUGACGUAGGGUUCCCCCAAGCCCAUGGAAGCAGGGGGGGGCUGGCUCUGCAACCCUCUCCCUUCCAUUGAUCUGAACAACUCUUCCCGCCCCGUUUUCCUUAAUAUGCCAGUGCCCACACUCCCAACAGCCUAUAAAAGAUGGAAAUCAGACUCUCCGACAGAUCCACAGGCAGACAUCAGAGAGAGAGGGAGACAGAGAGAGAAAGAGGGCGCAAAGACGGAAGCGGCUGAGCUGCACGGAUCUUCUUCCCAGCCGAGAUGUACCGGUCCACGAAAGGAGCCUCCAAGGCACGGCGGGAUCAAAUCAAUGCGGAGAUUAGACAUCUGAAGGACCUGUUGCCCAUUGCCGAAGGAGAUAAACUUCGCCUCUCUUAUCUGCAUAUCAUGUCGCUGGCUUGCAUCUACACGCGGAAAUCCAUCUUCUUCUCCAAAGGUGCAACUUUGGAAGGCUUGGAGAGCUUGCUGUCUUCCCAGGACUUAGACGAUUUCAUGCAGGCGCUUCCUGGUUUCCUUUUGGCGUUCACUGGCGAAGGCAAACUCAUCUAUGUGUCGGAGACUGUGGCUGAGCACUUGGGGCAUUCUAUGGUGGAUUUAGUGGCCCAAGGAGACAGCAUCUACGACAUAAUUGACCCAGCAGAUCAUUUUGUGAUGAAGAAUCAGUUGGCGUUGCCUUCUCCAUUAAAUACCGAACGUCUCUUCCGUUGCCACUUCAACACUUCCAAAACAAUCCGGCGUCAAAGUGCAGGAAAUAAGCUGGUUCUGAUUCGCGGUCACUUCCACCAACCUCCUCCGGGGUCUUAUUGGUCCACCAAUCCUGUCUUCACAGCCUUUUGCACUCCUCUAGAUCCUAAGCCCAGAAUGGGUCAAAAUUCGUUCUUCCUCUCAGCUUUCGAGAGUCGCCACACGAAAGACCUGGCCAUCGUGGAUAUCUCCGAAAGUGUGAUCUUCCAUCUGGGCUUUCAGAAGAGCGAACUCUUCUGCAAAUCGUGGUACGGCCUGAUCCACCCUGAAGAUCUCAGCCAUGCUUCGGCCCAGCAUUACCGGCUGUUGGGUGAUCAAAGCAACACACAAGCUGAAAUGGUGAUCAGGCUCCAAGCAAAAGAUGGCGUAAGCUGGAUCUGGAUCUACUCGUUGCUUCGCUUGGAGAGCACGGAGAUCCCCAUCGUUGCUCACAACUACGUCAUCAGCGAUUCCGAAGCUUGGUGCCUGAAGCAGCAACUGUCUGCCGAAGGAUCCCAAGGGACGUACAGUCUGGAAAGCACCACCACUUUCCUGGAGAGUCUCCUGUCUCCUGGACAGCUCUCCAGCCCCGAUCAAGUCUUCACGCCCGCGGCCGGCACCCCCACCGGCACCCUUGUGGCCCCGGCUUUCGAUUUCAGCUCCGCCGGGGCCCCCGAAGGUCCCCCGGCCUUCGGCGAGCCUGCUGAAGGCCUGCCCGAAGGGAUGGUGGAACCUGGGACUAUCUCCUCCAUAGAGGACGCCCCACCAGGUGCCACCCUCAGCCUCCUCGUCAAAGAGCCGGCCUUCGGCUACCUCCUCCUCCCGCACGGAAGUUACGGAGCGACGUUUGCAAGCGAGACGCCCGGCGGCAAGCCCGCCUCCAAAGAUUCGGCCUGCACCCCUCCUUACACCCCGCACCAGGGCUCGGCUUUCCUCUUUGGAAGUCAAGAGCUUUACGGAGCCCGCGGUGGGGGCAGCCCCGCGGCCCCGCCUCCCGGGACUGCUUCCGGCGCCGGCUCGCCGGCCGGUCUGGCCGCCGUGAGCGCCUCCGAGCUGUUCUUCGCCCAAGAACCGUGCCAUAUUCUCUAUGAGAAGCUCCCCCCGACUCCGGACAGCCCCGGUAAUGGGGGCUGCACCGUCCUGAGCUUGCCGGAGAUCCGAGGUCCCCUCUACGUGGAUGUGCCUAUGGUACCCGAGGGGAUGCUGACUCCGGAGGCCUCGCCCAUCAAGCAGAUGUUCUUCAGAUAUUCUGAGAAGGAGAAGAACGAAAUCGAGCAGCUGGCUCAGCAGCUCUGUAGCCUGGCGGAGACCUUUCGCUCCCCGGCGUCCCGGCCCCUCGCCGAGAACAGCCAGGGGUCUCUCCGAGAGGACUUGCCGGCCCCCGGCCCCGAACCGUCUCCCGUGCCCGAACCUUGCCCGGAUUUCCAACUGCCCAAAACGUGGAGGAGCGUGGAUUUCUCCGUCUUGACUUGCCUGGAGGACGACCUCCUGGAAGAGACGGCUCUUGAGACCCUCCUCCAAGACCUGUCUUCCUUUCUGUUCGAGAAAGGGGGGGCAGGGAUGAGGUGCCCUCACCACCCGUUCUGCGGUGGCGACGUCAGUAGUCCAGUCGGCUUGGACACCGAAGAUAGUAGCCCAGGAGCCUUGGCUGUCUCGCCAAGGAUGGACUUAGCUCCGGAAGAGCCAUGUUUUUUGGAAGAGCUGGCCUCCUUCGACACAGCCUUUGAGACACGUGCCUCAAACUCUCCCUACGAGGGGUUAGAUGAGUUGUAUCAACUCCCGAGCCAAAGGCCCGACGGCUUCCAGGAAGAUGGAAGCGGAAACGAUCCUUCAUUUUGAAAUAAGUCUGUGACUUACUUCUCCAAGUAUGGCAUAUUGUCAUAUCUUUAAAGAAGCUACAUCCACCCAGCCCCCCCAGCCCUCCAGAAGUGUCCUGCGAAUGGAAACCCAGCGUAAAGUUGGAGGAUGUCAGCAGGAAAAGACUUUUUUUUUUUUAUUUAAAAAAAGAAAAGAAAAAAAAAACCAUACAUUUUGAUUCUGAGACGUCGGUGUGAGACUGGUUACUCAGAGCUAAAGGAAGGACUGUUGUAAGUGGAUUCACACAUGUUAUCGUAUUCACUCGUAGUGAGUAAAACCUCUAUGUAAUUUACUAAGAAAUAUCGGAGGGGGCCUUGGGCCCGACGGCUCCUUAAAUCACGAUUUAACGCCAAGCUGGAGCAAAACUGUUUGCACUCUUUGGGGAUUCCUCCUCUUCCAGUUACUUACUCUUUCAUCCCUGCUCCCUAGAGUACAGAAUGUGUAGGUGGUACAAAUGCCUACGAUAGUAAGGGCCAAUGGCUGGUAAUGCAAUAAUGGAUAUUAUUGCCUUGCUAUUCUCACAUAGUGUAUUUCUGUUUGUACAGAAAGACUGCCGUUCAAAGUUUGGGGCGCCUGUUUCCAAUUUGAAUUCUUUCUUUUUCUUUUUAAAUUCGCUUUGUGAUGGUUAUUUAAGUAUUAGCAGUUUCCUCUAAGUCAGAGAUAUACAAGCUAAGCUCCUAAGGCUUCCUAUGGCUCCUGAACCCCUGUGGGGGGAAGCAACCCCAUGCACUGGAAACAGCGUGAAGAGACCUGAAUUGGUUUACCUGGCUGAUCUUGGGGGAAUAUGUGUGUGUGUGUGUGUAGGUCUUUGGUUAUUCGGGUUUUCUCCCGCGUAAAAUUGGAAAUGUCUUGGCGACGUUUCGACGAAAUCCCAUUCGUCAU